CCAGCCGCCCGCUCGCCAUCAACUGCCCGCCAUCGUCGGCAGUGCAAUCCCUCUGGCCGUCCGCGAUAUGCCGAUGCCGUCGCUUCCCGAAACAGAUAGCCCGCCGCUGUCGCUCUCCGAGCUGCUCGAGAGCUCCGUUGUCAUUGUGCUCUCGCAGGUGCUCUUCUUUGCCAUCGGCUGGGCCUUCUUUAUGGGCACCCUCUUCCGCGACUACGACGUCCGCAAUAAGCUCGUUCGCCUGCUCUUCUCGGCCACGUUCUCGGGGGCGUGCACGCUCUUCGAGCUCGUCAUCUUCGAGAUCCUCAAUAUCACAAACGCCAGAGCACGAUGGAUCCACUGGAAGUUCACGCUCUAUGCCAUGCUCGUGGACGUUGUCGUUGUCCUGCCAUUCUACCAGUUUUAUCUGGUCUUUGCCGAACGCAAGAAGUGGGCGCCGUAUCGCUGGAUCCUGGCGUUCAUCGGGUGGUUGAUCUACGCCCUGUUGUUUUGGAAGGUCGGCGACCAGUUCCCGCUCAGUCGGCCCCGGACACAGUUCUCGCUGACCUCUCUCGAGCCAUUCAUGGGCCGGGUCGGUGUCAUUGGCGUCACCAUGAUGGCCAUCCUGUCCGGCUUUGGUGCCGUCAACAGCCCCUACACAACGCUGUUCAUAUUUCUGAGAAACGUGAGCGAAGGCGAUGUCCAGGAGGCACAACGCCGACUGAUGCAAAACUAUCAGCGCAUCCUGACCAAGAAGAAAAAGCUCGCCUUGGAUAUGUACAAGCGACGCGAGGAAGGCCCGAAGGGAAGCUAUGGAAUCAGCGGCCUGUUGCGCCGAGCAUACCAUAAUGUCUCGAGUAUCAGCUCUGGGAGGGAGAGCCUCGACACACAGAUGAGCAGCAUCGAGGCCCUCGAAAGUGUGUGCCAGCAAAUGUUCCUGGAGCUCGAUGAAAUGAACGCCGAGCGGGAUAAGCUAGCGCAAGCUCAGACGGCCCAAGGAAAACUGCUCAAUGUCCUUGGUUACGGGUUCUCAAUCUAUUGCUUCUGGAAAGUGCUCACGGCAUCCAUCAAUGUGCUUUUCAAUCGGCGCGGCACCGUCGACCCGGUCACACAUGGUCUCAAUCUUGGCGUACACUACCUGGGCAUCUCGAUCGACAUUGAGUUCUGGUCGCAGCAGCUGAGCUUUGUGCUCGUUGGUAUCAUGGUCGUGGUAUCGAUCCGUGGCCUGCUGAUCCAGUUUACCAAGUGGUUUAGGACAUUCUCAAGCUCGGUGUCUCCAAACAACAUCACCAUCUUCCUGGCACACAUCAUGGGCAUAUACUUUCUCAGCACCGUCCUGAUGCUCCGAAUGAAUCUGCCGCCACAGUACAGAACCAUCAUCAGCAACGUGCUCGGCCAAAUCGAGUUUGAUUUCUACAACCACUGGUUCGACGUGAUCUUUAUCGUCUCGGCCGUGGUAUCGAUGCUCUUUAUCUAUCUGAUCACGCAGCUCCAGAAGCGGAGGGAGAGCGACUAUGGUCUGAACACGAGGUCGAUGGGCGGUGGCGGUGGCGGCCUGCUGGAUAAGGAUCCGAUGCUGGAUGAAUACAGCUUGGACCAGAGCUAGCGAGACUCUGGAAUGU